AUUGGUCAAGAAGACAAACGUAAAGCAAGGGACACACAUACACCAACCCACGGCCUGGCCAGUACCACAUGUGUUCUGUGGAGUGCUUGCACUCGCCUCGGCAGUAAAGAUUGAGGUAGCCUUCAGCUCUUUUUAGUGUGUUCAGUUUUCCGAUUAAGAAUUCGAUUGUCUAUCCCGACGCUCAGCGGUUUUUUAUCCUCGGCUUCUUCUACACGGUUGUCGUUGUUAGGAAGUAAAUUCAAGUAACAAGUAAUCUUUGAUUUCAAUAGGAUUUUUACUAUAGUGGCGUUUGAAUUUAAUGAUUUUUAAAGUUUUAGCUUUCAAAGUUUUCGCUUGAUAUAGCCUUGCUACUUUUCGCUUUGGUUUAAGAAUCGCUUUAGCAAUAAUAUUUUGUACAAGAACACUUGUUCCCGUUGAGUGUUCAAAUCGUUCGAAAGUGGAAAAACCUUCCGUCACACCAUUCACGUAAAGAUCCAAGGUUAGCUGAUUCACAUUUUGCAGUUUCUGUCGUGUGGCAAUGAGGAGUUGUUUUGUCUUCUUUGCGUUAGGGACCAUUUGGUUUGACGUGAGCCAUCUUCUGGCAUUGUUUAGACUGUUUUGCAGAUUGUGCUGAAUAUUAUCGAUGGAGUGAUCGUAUCAUUGGAAUAUAUUUCAACUUCAGAAGCUGGUAAACACAGGGGCAGAUCAUUUAUGUAACGUGAGAAUAAUACGGGACCUAAAAUCGAUCAUUGUGGGACGCCUCAUGUCAACGUGAGUGGGUCAGAUAAUACUCCAGAGAUGUUGUAGGUCUUAAAUCAAUCACAUAAGUAAGACCUAAACCACCUCAAAGGUUGGUUCAGCGGCUGGUGUGGUAUUUAGCGAUCUUAGAUAAUAAGAUGACAUGGUUUACCAGGUCAAAGGCUUUGCUAAGAUCUAAAAACACCAACCCAACAAGCUUACUGUUAUCCAUAGCUUUUAGCCAGUUGUCUGUGAGGCUCAACAAGGCUGUUUCACAAGUUGCUGCACUGUGCGUGAUAUUUCAGCAUCGGGCGGAGGGAUUCGUAAUAGAUAUUUGCCCCGCCAAAAAACGGAUUGCGUUAGAGCAAAAAUCAGUUUAA